AUGAGUGCCACCGCCGCGGUCGAUGCCCGGCCGAGCAUAGCUGCUACCAAAGAGAAGACGGAGAAGGCGCUGAUUCGAUACCCGUUUUGGCUUGGAGGAGCUGGGAGCUGCACGUCGGCAUGUAUGCUCCAUCCUCUGGAUGUUGUUAAGGUCAGGCUGCAGACACAGCGGAGGAGUGGAGUCCGGCUGGGGCUUGGGCAGAUGUUUGUUCAUGUGGUGAAGUCGGAUGGUAUUCUCGGACUGUACAGCGGACUCACGGCAUCCCUACUUCGACAAUGCACAUACGGCCUCACACGAUUCGCUGUAUACGGCAAGCUCAAAGAGACCUUCAUCGCUGACAACCCCAAGCCCUCGUUCCCCUCCCUCCUGGCGAUGGCAUCUGUAUCCGGACUGGUCGCAGGAAUCGCAGGCAAUCCAGCCGAUCUUUUAAACGUCCGCAUGCAAAACGACGGUGCCCUCCCACCCGAACAACGCCGACGCUACAAGCACGUCUUCGACGGCCUCUUCAGAAUGAUUAGAGAAGAAGGCGUUGGCAGUCUCUUCCGCGGCGUCUGGGCUCACAGCACCCGCGGCAUCAUCAUGACAGCCUCCCAACUCGGCAGCUACGACUUCUUCAAGCAGCAGCUCAUGGACAGACUAUCAAUGACAGACAGCAUCCCAACGCAUUUCUCGGCAUCUCUCAUGGCGGGCUUCACAGCUACGACGAUUGCCAGCCCGGUUGAUGUCAUCAAGGUCCGGCUUAUGAGCGCUACCACCAAGCAGAGUGCUCUUGCGAUCGUGACGAGGAUGACGGCGAAUGAGGGUUUGAGGUGGAUGUUCAAGGGUUGGGUGCCGAGUUUCAUGCGACUUGGGCCGCAUACGAUUUUGACGUUCAUCUUCUUCGAACAGUACCGGAAGGCGUACAGGAAGUUCUACGGAUAUGAGUAG